AUGUCGUACAAGAAAGGGCGUGGAAACGCGCGUCACGGCCAAAAACAGUCGACCCAGGCCUCGUCAGACAUUAGCCCAAAGGACGCUAAAGCCAUAAAUACCAUCUACACAGACUUUGACAACGGAAAGUAUGUGGAAUGCUUUACGACUUGUAACGACCUCAUCGCCAGGCUUCCGAGCAACCCAGACAUCAUGGCAAUGAAGGGCGCUGCAACGUACUAUCUUCCUAUUUCGCACGCUUCUGGAGUCUUUUCUUCGGAGGAAAUAGGGGGCCUCAGCAUUCCCAUCUUCCUGCGUUCAGAGGGCUGGCGACUAAUCAAUGAGGCAAUCGAGGUAGCUGAGAAAGGGUUGAAAAGCUACAUUCCAUUCCACAUUGCAAGCAUUAUCAGGCGGCAUGAGCACCUUGAGGCCUCCGCCAUAGAGUACUUGCAAAAGGCCUCUGCCCUCUCCCCGUCCAACUCUCUCUUCUAUAAGGAGCUGUCCAUUCUAUAUUUGCAUACAGGGGACUAUAAGAAGUGUGAGCAGUCGCUCUUGUCCUUUGUUUCGAUGGCGUCAUCUACCAAGGCCUCUCAAGCGCCCCGAAUCUUUGCUUUCACGUCCUUUCUCUGCAACAUGAUCCAGAACAGGCUGGACGCUGCGGCGGCCUCCUCGGCGGAGUUCAAGGGCAUCCUUCAGAAGGCAGCAGCAGGGGCUGUAAGCCAAGGCGGCUCAGCGCACCGUGACGCGUCUCUAUAUAGGAGUUUUUACUUUGACUAUGUGCAAGCCCUGCAAGCUGAGCAUUGUGUCCUUGCACUUAAAGCAGAAAGCGGCAAGAAUAAUAGCGUUAAAGCGUUCCACCAGCAGCUGGAGGAGUUUCCUGUGCAACUGAAAAAGACCCGUUCUACAAAGCGCUAUGAUAGAGAAGAGCUAUUGCGCCAAAGUCUCACUGUCUACAAGGCCUGCGAGGACAUGUAUCUGCUUACUUUGCGCCGCCUAUACUGCUACACCCCUUUUGAUUUAUUCGUCUAUGAAAAGAUUUUCGAGCUCUACUUGGAGAAGCUCCACGGUAUCACUUGCGUUGUCAACUUAACAGGGCGGACAGAAGGAGACUGCGUUUUGGCAACAGCGAACGAGUACGCCAUCCUAUACUCCGCCUACUCUCAAUUUAUCGCCGGAACCAUAGAGUGCCCAUGUAGUACAAAGCCUCUUCCAGCGUGCUUUUUCCACCUUCUCGAUCCAAUACAGAAACCACGGCAAGGGCGUCAUGCCUCCAGAAACUCCUUCUUCGACCGAACUCUUUGCAUACAGCUGGCAUUCAUGUCCUCAGAUUACACAGCCUUCAAGUCAGAGAUACACACUGUUCUAAGCGGCAAGCGUGUAUCUCCUGGGCUGUUGCACUAUAUCUCGAAGCUAGUCAACCAGCUAGAGAAGGACGUGGCAUCUCAACUCUACGAGGACUUGAUUGGUGGAUCUUACCCAGUACAGCACAGCGCUUACAUCAACGCAUACUUUAGCUAUGCCUUUGCACAGCUGAAUCCCGGAGAUGGUGACUGUAAUCUUCUGCGAUGCCGUGGCAUUCUAGAGAAGGUGCUCUUGCCUUGUAACCAGACUGAAGACGCAAAUCUACCGCUCGUGGACUCCACCAGGCAACUCUGUGCCUGCAAAAGCUAUCUGAAUGAUAAUGCAUCCCAAGAACAGAUUGAUGCAUUCAAGAAAGAGUACACACAAGAGCUAACGGACCGUCUCACCGUACUACGCUUCAAGAGUCCGGAAGAGCUAAUUGCCGGACGCCUUAAUCCAGACAUCUUCACCCUCUAUGCAAAGAUGCUCCACAUCUUGGGUCUUCCGCGCUCAGCCUCUAUCAUGUCUGAGCUGGUUUCUAUCAUCGAUAACAGCGAUCGUAGUGCCUCUCGUAUAGCUGUGGACAUGCACAUGCAAGUUAAUGCCAUUCCUGAGGCAUAUACUAUGUACGGAAAGUUCAUCUAUCAGGCAGACCCAUGGUUGGUCUGUCAAGACACUCAAGAUGUUUCGGUCAUGGGAUUUCUGUAUCGAGACUAUCAGGAUCCUGAUUCGGUUGCCAGGCUCGUAGACCCUUUCAUCGACGGAAAGAUAGACGCUAGGCCUGGGUCAAAUGCUGUUGAGUUGCUUGCCACCAGAAUUAAGGCCGCGCUUACGACGACCGAGCUGGCCUUCGAUAGCUACUACGAGCUCUUGGACUUUCACCAUUAUGUAGUACGAGUUGGCUACCUUGUUACUUAUUGGAGGGCACUUCUGGACUACCAAAAGAAGCUCAUGACUCAAGCAAGCACCAGAGAAGCGUUACUUUUUGUACUGGAGCUUGUCCUAUACAUCCUAAAGCUCGAUGACGAGCGUAUGAAGAGGCUUAGCGAUGUUAUACUCUCCUGUGAAGAGGGGCUCACUGAGAAGUACAGGAAGAGCGUUAUCUUCUAUCACGAAUUGUCUAAGGAAAAGAAAGACUCAGAGAUGGAAAAGAAGGACGCUGAAGAGCAGCCUGAAGCUCUUUGCGACAAGGAUCCCUACUCAAUCCGUGCUUUUCUCAACUUCGUCACCAACUUACGCUCUACAGAACCAGAGAAGUGCACGGACUAUGCCUCCUCUAUGCUGGGCCACAAGCUUUGGUUCCUUAUCGAGAGACUCCCAAAGCAGCCUGCAACAGGUGCGGACUUGACCAACCGGCGCUUCCAUGCUUUGCAAAAUAUGCUCGGAGGAAGGGUUCUUCUUGCGCUGAAGGACCUCAAGGACGCUUCUCCUGAGGCUGUGGCGGAUGUGGCAACGGUUGCCCACUGUGGGCUGACAAGGACGCCCGUUGCGCUUCGCCAGGCAUCAAGCGCUGCACUAUCCAAGUUCCUCACAGAAGCGACAGACAGGGCGUCCCAGAGCACAGCGUCCGUCCUUCGUAGGGCGGCGGAACACGUGGCGCACACCAGCAGCACCCUCCUACAAGACCAGUAA